CCCGCCCGGCGCCUUCCUUCGCGGAGCGGCGACCCGAGCGCGGCCCGGCCGAGCGCGCGGGAGCUCCCCGACGGCGCGCCGCGCCUCCCGCACCGCACCCGGCCCCGCCGGCUCCGGCCCCACAGGGACCGCGAGGCCCCUCGGUCCCCGCUCUGUCCCCGCUGCGUCCGGCUCGGUCCCGCUCCGUCCCCGCUGCGCCCCCCCCCCCCCCGCUCUGUCCCCACUGCGCCCCACUCUGCCUCCACUGCGUCCCCGCUCCGUCCCCGCUCGGUUCCGGCAGUGUCCCCGCUCUGUCCCCCGCUCGGUCCCCGCAGUGUCCUGCUGCGUCCCGCCCGCCGAUCCCCGGCGAUGCUGCGCGGCGCCGCCUGGGCGCUGCUCCUGGCCGCCGCCCUGGGGCUCGGGGUGCGCGGGGUGCGCGGCGCGGUGGCCCUCGCCGACUUCUACCCGUUCGGCACGGAGCGCGGCGACGCUGUCACCCCCAAGCAGGACGACGGCGGCUCGGGGCUGCAGCCGCUCUCCGUGCCCUUCCCGUUCUUCGGCGCCGAGCACUCCGGACUCUACGUGAACAAUAACGGAGUCGUCUCCUUCCUGAAGGAGGUCUCUCAGUUCACCCCCGCGGCCUUCCCCAUCGCCAAGGACCGCUGCGUGGUGGCAGCCUUCUGGGCAGACGUGGACAAUCGGCGUGCAGGUGACGUGUACUACAGGGAGGCCACGGACCCUGCCACGCUGAGCAGAGCCACAGAGGAUGUCAGGCGCUACUUCCCCGAGCUCCAGGACUUCUCCGCCACCUGGGUCUUCAUAGCCACCUGGCACCGUGUGACCUUCUUUGGAGGCAGCUCCUCUUCCCCCGUCAACACGUUCCAGACUGUGCUCAUCACUGACGGCAAGUUCUCCUUCACCAUCUUCAACUACGAGUCUAUCACGUGGACCACAGGCACACACGCCAGCAGCGGGGGUGACACCACUGGCCUGGGAGGGAUCGCGGCCCAGGCUGGCUUCAAUGCGGGUGACGGGCGGCGCUACUUCAGCAUCCCCGGCUCGCGCACCGCGGACAUGGUCGAGGUGGAGACCACCACCAACGUGGGCGUGCCCGGGCGCUGGGCGUUCAGAAUCGAUGAUGCCCAGGUGCGCGUGGGGGGCUGCGGCCAUACAACCUCCGUGUGCCUGGCCCUGCGUCCCUGCCUCAACGGCGGCAAGUGCAUUGACGACUGCAUCACGGGCAACCCCUCCUACAGCUGCUCCUGCCUCUCAGGCUUCACCGGGAGGCGGUGUCACCUGGAUGUUAACGAAUGUGCUUCCCAUCCAUGUCAGAACGGCGGGACCUGCACACACGGCAUCAACAGCUUCAGCUGCCGAUGCCCAGCCGGCUUCGGGGGGCCCACCUGUGAGACAGCACUGUCUCCAUGUGACACCAGAGAGUGUGAGAACGGCGGCCGGUGCCAGGCGGAGAGCGGCUCGGCGGUGUGCCUGUGCCAGGCCGGCUACACGGGCACGGCCUGCGAGACGGAUGUGGACGAAUGUGCCUCGGGCCCGUGCCUGAACGGAGGCUCGUGUGUGGACCUCGUGGGGAAUUUCACCUGCCUGUGCUCAGAGCCGUUCGAGGGACCUCGCUGCGAGACAGGAAGCCACCCAGUGCCCGACCCCUGCCUCUCAGCCCCUUGCCAGAACGGGGGCACCUGUGUGGAUGCAGAGGAGGGCUACGUGUGCGAAUGCCCCCAGGGCUUCACUGGCCUCGACUGCAGGGAGAGAACCCCUGAGCACUGUGGAUGCCGCAAUGGUGGCAGAUGCCUAGAGGCCAACACCACCCUCUGCCAGUGUCCCCCAGGGUUCUUUGGGCUCCUCUGUGAAUUUGAAGUCACAGCCACGCCCUGCAACAUGAACACGCAGUGCCCGGAUGGGGGCUACUGCAUGGAGUACGGGGGAAGCUACCUCUGCGUCUGCCACACUGACCACAACGUCAGCCACUCACUGCCAUCACCCUGUGACUCGGACCCCUGCUUCAACGGAGGCUCCUGUGACGCCCACGAGGACUCCUACACUUGCGAGUGCCCCCGAGGGUUCCAUGGCAGGCACUGCGAGAAAGCCCGGCCACGCCUGUGCAGCUCGGGGCCCUGCCGGAACGGGGGCACGUGCAAGGAGGCAGGCAGCGAAUACCACUGCAGCUGCCCCUACCGCUUCACCGGGAGGCACUGCGAGAUCGGGAAGCCAGACUCAUGUGCCUCGGGCCCCUGUCACAAUGGCGGCACCUGCUUUCACUACAUCGGCAAAUACAAGUGCGACUGUCCCCCAGGCUUCUCCGGGCGGCACUGCGAGAUAGCCCCGUCCCCCUGCUUCCGGAGCCCCUGCUCGAACGGGGGUACCUGUGAGGACCUAGGCACAGACUUCUCCUGCCGCUGCCGAGCAGGGUACAUGGGACGCCGGUGCCAGGCGGAGGUGGACUGCGGCCCCCCAGAGGAGGUGAAGCAUGCCACGCUGCGUUUUAACGGCACUCGGCUGGGCUCGGUGGCCCUGUACAAGUGUGACCACGGCUACAGCCUGAGCUCCCCCAACCACCUCCGAGUCUGCCAGCCACAGGGCGUCUGGAGCGAACCUCCACAGUGCCACGAGACAGAUGAGUGCCAAAUGCGGCCUUGCAGAAAUGGAGGCUCCUGCAGGGACCUCCCGGGGGCCUUUGUCUGCCAGUGCCCCGCAGGCUUCACUGGAGUCCACUGCGAGACAGAGGUGGAUGCCUGCGACUCCAGCCCCUGCCAGCACGGAGGCCGGUGUGAGAACGGUGGCGGGGCCUACCUGUGCGCCUGCCCAGAGGGCUUCUUCGGCUACCACUGCGAGACAGUGAGCGACCCCUGCUUCUCCAGCCCCUGUGGGGGCCGCGGCUACUGCCUGGCCAGCAACGGGUCCCACAGCUGCACCUGCAAAGUGGGCUACACGGGCAAGGAUUGCGCCAAAGAGCUCUUCCCGCCAACGGCCCUCAAGGUGGAGCGGGUGGAGGAGAGUGGGGUGUCCAUCUCCUGGCGCCCGCCUGAAGGCCAGGCCGCCAGGCAGAUGCUUGACGGCUACGCGGUCACCUACGCCUCCUCGGACGGUGCCUACCGCCGCACAGAUUUCGUGGACCGGAGCCGCUCCUCGCACCAGCUCCGGGCCCUGGCAGCCGGCAGAGCCUACAACAUCUCCGUGUUCUCCGUCAAGCGCAACGCCAACAACAAGAAUGACAUCAGCAGGCCGGUGCUGCUCCUCACCCGCACACGACCCCGCCCCGUUGAGGGCCUCGAGGUCACCAACGUGACAGCCAGCACCAUCUCAGUGCGGUGGGCUCUGCACAGGAUCCGUCACGCAACGGUCAGCGGCGUUCGUGUGUCCAUCCGGCAUCCCGAGGCCCAGGAGGACCAGUCCACCGAUAUGGACAAGAGCGUGGACAAGUUCACGUUCGGGGCCCUGCUGCCAGGAAGGAGAUACACCAUCCACGUGACUGCCCUCAGUGGGCUCGGGGGACAGGAGCCUCCCACCGAGAGUCUGGCCUCGGCCCCGCUGCACGUGUGGACGCGGCCCCUGCCACCAGCAAACCUGACCGCCGCCAGAGUCACGGCCACCUCUGCCCACGUGGUCUGGGACACCCCCACUCCAAGUACCUUGCUGGAGGCAUACGUCAUCAACGUGACCACCAGCCAGAGCACCAAAAGCCGCUACGUGCCCAACGGAAGGCUGACGUCCUACACGGUGAGGGACCUGCUGCCAGGGCGGCGGUACCAGCUCUCGGUGACAGCCGUGCAGAGUGCAGAGGGCGACCAACUGCACAGUGAGCCUGCUCACCUCUACAUCAUCACCUCCCCAAGGGACGGCGCUGACAGACGCUGGCACAGGGAGGGACUCCAUCCGCGGGUGCUCAGAAACAGACCGCCCCCCGUGCGCCUGCCGGAGCACCUGCUCAGUGACCGUGACGCCCCCGAAGCUCAGACCCCGGCCCCCAGGUUCUCGGAGCUUGUGGACGGCAGAGGGCGAGUGAGUGCCAAGUUUAGUGGCUCGCCUGGCAAAUCGGUCACCGUGAGAUCACAACCCACGGCUCUGGCGCAGCUCGAGAACACGGAGGAGGCCCCCAAGCAGGCGCCUGAGCAGGUCGGCCUGGCCCUCCAGCUCCCUGAACGCAGCAGCGACAAGGACACGGAAAACACUCCUGGGAACUGUUCAGAAAACCCCUGUCAGAACGGAGGCACCUGCGUGCCAGGUGUGGAUACCCACAGCUGUGACUGCAGCCCAGGGUUCAAAGGCAGACGCUGUGAGCUGGCCUGCACCAAGGUGCCGCAGCCCUGCACCAGGCUCUUCUCCGAGACCAAGGCCGUGCCCGUCUGGGAAGGAGGAGCCUGCCACCACGUGUAUAAGAGAGUCUACAAGGUGCACCAGGACAUCUGCUUCAAAGAGAGCUGUGAAAGCACGAGCGGCAAGAAAACCCCGAACAGGAAACAAAGUAACAACAGUCCGACACUGAAGAAAUCUUAGGUACAGAAAUCCUGAGCAUUCGGAAUCCUGGAACGAAAGAAACUCUCUAGCCCUAUUCUUGUUUGAUGUGGCAUUUCCCAAACUCCCCUGGAAACUCCACGCCACCCGGCUUACUCACCACCCAUAAACUCUGUCCAAGUCUUCCUAACAGGGACAUAUCGGGUUGAACCACGAAGACCCGUCUACAGCCCAGAAUCAGUCCCACGCUGAGCGUCACCGGGAAUAAGGUGGCACACCCCCCCCACCCCCACCCCCACCCCCACCCAGGGCAGCUCACUCCUCCUGCUCCAUAAAUGAGCCUCCCGAGCCCAUCCUCCUGGUGUUGAGAGGAAAGUGAGGCACCUCAGGGAACAGGCAGCUUCAGCACAGGCUAUACCGUCUUACGGACUAAGGAGAUGAAGGAGGAAUGUUUCUCAGAGCCUUUCCAAACAAGCAGAAGCAAAAGAGCCUCGCAGGGGAGGCGCCACCACAGGAAGCGUGUCCACCCCAGCCAAGCGGGGAAAGCCGAGGCUGGGGUCCGCACAGCGCGGCCUUGGCAGCCGUCCCCGGGCCGACUUCUCAAAAAGCCUCUGCGUUCAGCUCGUCUACCCAAAGGCAUCAUUCCCCUCCCAUUUCAUACCCCACAGACACACAAUGCAACACACGCCCCACGGCUCGCGAGCAAUUUGCUACCAGGACAAGAACCCACAAGUAUAGCUUGGGUCUGAAACCUUUGUAUCACAAUAAGUCACCUGAAAGAAUAAUACCUUUCUCUAAAACUCAACAAGUCCAUUAGUAUAAGAACAAAUCAGAAACCCUCAAUUAACUCCCAGAUCAUCAAAUACUAGCUUCCAGGACACCCAUUCUUCAAACAAUGGAGAAAACACCACCAACAGGAGUUCAUUUCAAUCCAGAGCAACAAGGGACAGCCUGUGUCUUCAGAGCCAAAAUCCAAGGGCAUCGCCUAACGCCUAACGGAAGGGAGCAGCCGGCGGCCCGCGGUGCCGCCCGAACACCCCUACCGCGGGGUCGUGCAGCCAGAGCUCCUCGGCACACCUGCCCUCCCCCUGCUGAGUGAUGGAGAGCUCAGCGAGGCUCUGAUGCGACAGGAACACGGGGCCACCUGGGGGCGGGGACCGAGCACCGCUAAGGGAACAGGAAGCUGCGUUUUAAAGAGGUAUGGCUAUCACUCUCCUCACGCCCCGUUCUCUUUCUCCUUCAAAGGAUUCAGGACGUCCUUGUUACACUCCAUCAACCUCGCGAGCUUCCAGAGCCCAGAAAGACGGGGCUAAAAGUGGACUGAGACGGGCGCCUGAGACAUCAGGUCCUGGCUAGCGCCCGAACCCUCUGCAGCUUCCCUCCCCCGCCCCUACCGAGACAGACGGCCAAGGCCACUCCAGGGACGCCCUCUGGGCUGAGUCACCUCCAGGCUCCGCAACGCUUCUAGCAGGCCGUGCUGUAAGCCCGGCUGCUGUUUCCUACGGGGACAGGCCAGGCAUCGGCCCGGGUAAGCGAGGCAGCCAGCCAGGAAGGCUCCUGCGACAUCCAGACACCCGCUCUGGGACUCCGAGGUCGGGGGGCAGUUCUCCCCCGGAGACCUCACAGUCACGCUGAGGACGAGCCGCUCUCAAGCCCGCCAGGCAGAGGCGGCGGCGCCAGGAAGGGGCCGCGAUGAGGCGCCACCGCGAGGGAAGCCGAGGGCUGGGUGCCCAGCGGACCCUCCUCCACCAUCGCCCCCGCUCGUCUGCUGCAGGCGCGACCCGGCACCCGGUCCGGCAGAUUGGAAAGAGAAAGUACAAUAAAUACAAAGAUGGGGUUUACACACUUCCAGCCUCCAACCCGUUCCCAAACAGUGACUAUUUUUGGCUCCGUGGACCAGACGGUCUCCGCGGCAACGACUCAGCUCCGCGUUCACAGCAGCGCUGCCACAGACGUGUGACCGGACGGGUGUGGCUGUGUUCCGGUAAGACCUCAUCUACCCACUUGGCUAAGCCCCGCUCGAUCGGGUCACCCAGGCCUCAGCCUCGCGCAGAGAAAGCCAUGCCCCGAUGACGCACCUCGGCAGCAAAGACCCCGGAGCUGCACGGAAGCCCCGCGCGAGCCCCCCAACUCGGGAAGCCGAGGGGGUACCCACGGCGCACAGCAGGGGCUCCUUCCUCCUCUCAGGGCCGGGUGCCACAGAGACCCGAUCACGCCGGAGAUGCUCAGCCCGUGCCUUGAGCGACACUGCUGUAGGCAGUCGGCUCGCGGCUGUUCACACACUUCGUCUCUGCAAGCAGGGGGCCGCGCAGCCUCGCCACAUAUGCCUUCCAGAGUCUUCUACCAGCAGUCUUCUCCCUGGGGAGGCCAAAAGCAAGCAAGCCAACCCACCUCGAGUCGCGUACAUUUUAGGAGCAGACCCAACAUGAACUCGAGCCCCUGGGCGCCUCCCACACUGCCCCAAGUCAGCAUUCCAGCACAGAGAGGGCUCCUUCCCGUCAUCUUUUCUAAAAACACUUUUUUGAAGAGUUAGAGUACAUUUUAGGCUUUUUGUUUUCAUUAAAAUUUUGUGUGCAUAUGUCUGUGUAUUAUGCGAUUUGUCCUUUUCAGAAAGGAAAGACGGUCAUUUCAAGAGCGUCCCCAGUGACCCAGGCCCGCCUGGAGAAGACGGGGGAGCUCAUUGCGGGCUCCGGCACUGGGGCAGUGAGAGGAGACCACGUACAGACACGCGUACUGCUGACUUCUGCUGCGUCCCUGGGACCUGUCGCUGUGUGCCUACGGAAAGCUACAGCAUCACCAGCAAGUGGCGAGAUCAAGCGAUAUCACUGGAAAAGUAGAUGAAACUUUCUACUGCGAUGCUAAUGACCUCAAGCCCCUCAGCCGUGAGGCGAACACUAGCGUGUUUCAGUUUUUAACUCAGAAACGUUGGUUUCUACAAGAAACAGUCUACUGAAUCCUGAGCUUGGUGCCGUCUUAUGAGGAACUCGUCGUGAUGUUUUACAAAUCUAGUAAGUCUAGUAAAAACACCUCCUGAUGCUAAAGGAACCACAACUCAUCCUGGACACAUUCUAAAUGAGACACUGCUCUUUUCACACAGUGCCUUCCAAAACUGUAGCGUCUUCCUCGAACAUACGCUCAAACUCCACCUGAAGAAAUGAGGAAAUCAGAAAACUAUCAGGUGCGUAGAAAUGUAUUUCUGCAUCAAAAUGCAAGGAGCAAUCAUGAACUGCCAGGUUAGCCAUUCCAGUCAUAGAAAUUUGUAAUUCUACUUAGUCCCCCGACUGGACACAAGAGCCCAUCUGAGGGAGAGUACUGGUCACUCGGACGCCACAAAACAGGAAAGUGACAACGCCAGCAGAGGGAAAUGCUCUCGGUUUCACAUAACCUUGCCCACGGCCGAGAACCCAGUGAGGACAAACCCUUCCUCCCGCCGCCGCACGUGGGCUGCCACAGAAGCAACCCCUCCGCCAUCCUGCUGCUCUCCCUCCGGCAAACCCAGGGCCAGCCACCUCCAGCAGCUGCCUUGGCAGGGACGCUCCCGCCGGCCAGCUACUGCCACGACACUGGCCUCCGACACCACACAGGGACUCACUGAGCUACUUUCCUUCCACCGAACGUGGCUCUGUGUGGUCACGCUCACACGUGAGCCCGGAGAAAACACAAGUACCUUGGUGCCGAGUCCCCACAGCAAACAGAGCUCAGACUACAAGAACAUUCCAGUGCACGGGGGAACGGAACGCCAACACGCAGCUACUGACUUUUCUCUUAAAUACAAGAAAUGUAACAAACAUAAGCCUGCUUACAAUCCACCGGACCAGGCUUUAGAGCUGCUCCUUGGCCACGACCCCGCUGACACCCCAGCUGGAUGGUUCUGCAGUGAGGCCGUCACGGGCCUGGCAGGAUGUUGAACAGCAGCGCUCGCCUCCACUAGAUCCCAACAGCGCCCUCCCUUGGUCCUAACCACCGAGACGUUCUCAGACGCUGCCAGACGUUCCCUGGGGUUGAGAUCGCCACAGGUGGGAACCGCUGCCCCACAGGAUUCCUGCACAGUCUCUGCUGGAAAAAUGAGGCCGAGCACCAGAACUUUCACAUGGUUGUUAAAAUGCUGCCAAGACCUGGAUUUUGGUUGCAUCACCAAAAACGUCUUCUGCGUCACCAACCCCGUGCCGGCUCCCCCGAAGGGAGGGACACCAGGACGUUCUGAGGUGCACCAGCCCUCCCUCGCGGAGCCCAGACCAUCAGGGCCGGGCCUCUACCUCAGAGAUGACUUCUAUCACAUUCCGCUCUUUAAAUCACCCCUGAGGCCCACCGGGUUCCCCGAGGGGACUCCCAGCACCAUGCUGUCGUGGGGCCCCCUGAAGGAGACCAGGUCCCGCCCCGCCAAAGACCCCGUGUGACUCCUCUUCUCCUCUGGUCUCAGGAGCCACUGUGUGAAACGGGCGAUAGGGAGAUGACAUCAGACCGCCCCAGCCCCUUCCCGUUCUGGCGCACUCCAGGCCACAUUCCUGUGGCCGCCAGAGCCUUCGGGCCUGGAUGUGGCCCACCGGCCGGGAGCUCGGCCUCGCAGGGAAGCCAACUUUCCUGAGAGGUCAGAGCCAGGGCCUCGUCCUCACAGACAUAGAGAGCAGCCCCCCAACCCUCCAAUGGCAUCAAGAAGCUGUGCGAGUUGAAAACACACAUCACUAACAACUCCCUUUACGCUGCCGGAUGCUGAAUGCAGCUAGGAAGCAAUAUGUGUGGAUGGAAAACACAAGUGUUUCCGUGGGAAACCGGCUACUUGUUUUCAUAGAAUAAAGUGCUGUGAUGUACAAAAGC